AUGGCUUCCGAGAAGACCAUCAUCCAGCAGCCUGGCUACGCCCAGGACCCCAACGCUGUCCAGCCCCAGCCCACCAUCGGCCACCCCGUCCAGCCCUUUGGCGCCAUGGGUGCUCCUGCCCCCACCAACAACCCCGAGUGUGCCCAGUACGGCCGCGACACGCGUAUCGGCCCCGGCCCCAUCGUCUUCCUCGUUUGCUGCCUCCCUUGGUCCUUGAUCUGGCUGCUCUCGCGCCGCAACGUCACCUGCAGGGGCUGCCAUGCUACGAUGCCUCCCCAGGGUCUUAUCGACUAG